CUGUGAGGUAAUAGUGCGCAGGAGGGGGUGGUAGUGGAGGUGGAGAGACACACACAGAGAGAGAGAGAGAGAGAGAGACGGGAUAUAGGACAGACAUCAAACGGAGGUUUGGCUGCAGACUGGUCGGGAUCCCUUUCGCCGCCUCGGUCGCUUCAGACGCAUCAGGUCCAAAAGAGAGUCACUGAAGACACUCAGCAUCACGACAGAGGAAGGGGAAAGUGAGAAGGAUCGCGACGCCCAGAGAUCCCAGGCUUGGUGGCUACAUGCUCAGUUCUCUUUGGUUUUGAGAAGAACAGCUAUACAAAUCAGCAGCAAUCAUGGAUUUUGUAAUGAAACAAGCUUUAGGUGGGGCCACCAAAGACAUGGGUAAGAUGUUGGGUGGGGAGGAGGAGAAGGACCCGGAUGCAGCCAAGAAGGAGGAGGAGCGGCAGGAGGCACUGAGGCAGCAGGAGGAAGAGAGGAAGGCCAAACACGCCCGCAUGGAGGCUGAGAGGGAAAAAGUACGGCAGAACAUCAGGGACAAGUAUGGGCUGAAGAAGAAGGAGGAGAAGGAGGCGGAGGAGAAAGCGGCCAUGGAGCAGGCCUGUGAGGGGUCACUGACACGCCCGAAGAAGGCGAUCCCACGGGGCUGCGGAGACGACGACGAAGAGGAGGAGGAGAGCAUCCUCGACACUGUCCUCAAGUUUCUGCCCGGACCCCUACAGGACAUGUUCAAGAAGUAAACUAACAAAACAAAUCAAACAAACCCUAAAUUCAGGGUCCAGUCUGGCCUGGGCUAGGCUGCGGGGCAAAGGGAGGCGGGGUCUUUGUGUCGGGGACUUUAGGUGGAAAGGGUUGGGAGAACUUUAAGUGUUGCAGGUUUAAGGAAAAGAGAGACUGGGGGAUUGGUUUGGGUAUUUGUGAGCAGGCAGGGUUUGAGUGUAGAUUUGGGGCAUGUAGAAGUCGGUGGGAACUAAAUGGAUUUGGGAGGGGGUUCUUGCCAAACUGUUAGAGGCUACACACUGCCUUUCUACAAAUCUUUUACUUUGUUCUUUUCUACUCCUCGACGAUUGCGUCAUUCUUCCCCCUUUUAUUUGCCAAAAUUGCUGUACAACCUUUCAACUGCCACAUAGCACAUUUCUUACAAUUAGUAUGUUUUUUGUCCUUUUCUUGUUAUUUUUACACAGAUUAAGAUCAGACAUUUUGAUUGGUUGGCCAUCAUCUGCUGCCAGGCAAUGGUGACCAAUGGAGAACAGUAUUUCCUUAAUGAAGCACAGUGGACGCUUCUGUUCUCUUGCUUCUGUGGUUUUUCAAAUGGCAUGUUUUCCAGUAGAUGGAGCAUGAUGUGUUUAUUUCAAUGGGUGUUUUCUACUUUUAUGAACCUGGUGUAGGUCUGUCUAAUGAAAAAAAAAAUAAUCUGCAUUUGAGUUUUUAGGACAUGUGCCUUCAUAUCAUCUCCUCCAGCAGAGGAACUGUAAAUGAGGGUUUCAUUUUGAAUCAAACAGGUGUACAGUUGUUGGUAGCAUGUAGGCAUGCGUUCACGGAUACAACAUCGGACACUUUUGGAAUAAUGUAUUCGAUAUAAAGUUGGCUAGUUGGCAUAUUUUGGGGUUUCCAGAAGCCAUUGUUCUAACUAGGUACUUCUGGAAAUCCCAGACCAAGUUUUGAAGGCCUGACAGUCCACAAAACUAUUUAAAAACAAAAUUUACUGUUAUCUGGCUACAUGUUUCCAAAGAACUGUUUGCUGAAUAAAAAGUUUUAUUUCCCUCCUACUUCCACCUCUAGUUUUACAAAAGCUAGACUUUCUAAGCCUGUCAGCUAGUUGAACUGCCAUCAUGCUAGAAAAGUAAAAUGUUAGAUCUUAAACAUGUUAAUAACUCAUGUCAAUAUAAGAAUUUUCAAUCACAAGUAUUUUGGAAUAGCUUUUAUUGAGCUCAAGGUAUCAUCCAUACAAGCAAACAAGACUAAUGUUACCUUGUUUGAAUCCCUUUUUAAAAAAUAAAUCACUGCUGUUUUGUCCAGAAAUUACAGAUUUACACAAAGCUCAAACCAAGUCAUCAGGAUUUGAGGUAGUGUGGUCUCCAUAGACAAUCAAAGCAUUGACCACUACUAAAUGUUGUCAUUUCCUGUCACACUAUCUAUAAUUGGUUCAAAGUGGGUUCUGCAUUAAGCACUUGAUUAACUGAUUGCUAUUAAGUGGCUCUUAAUUGAAUUUUGUUUUUCUUCUUCACACAUGAAUGCAAAUGCCAGGCAAAGUCUGGGGUAUUUUUAAUUAUUAAUUAUUACUUUUUGUGAAUGUGCUGCCAAUUUAUUUUAAUACAACCGAAAUUGUGAUUUAAUUCACAUUCCAGCUGAGCUCAUCAUUUAAUGCAUAACUUUAACUUGAUCAAAGUUCAUCACCAUCGAGACCAAAGAAAUACUGGUGAAACCUUACUAUUUCUUUUGUCACAGCUGAAACCAAGACGUGCAUGCUGAACCUGGUUUUUAUUGUACGUGCGAGGCCUGCAGGAGAAACGCAGCUGGCUUUUCAGCGUGUGCAUGCAUCCCAAAGACUACCGUUAAACUGAAACGAUACUCUCCUAUUUCCUCAAAAGUAUUCCAUGGUUAAAUAAAACUAGAUAAUUUAACUGUAGACUGAGAAAACUGGUUUGUGAGUUGUCGCAUUUCACUGUCCGAAAAGCUCACUUAGAGCUGAGUAUAUUCUGCAUCCUGCAUCUCUUAAUCCAACAAAAUAUCAUAGUGAUUUGUCAUACAGCAUUUAAGUUGAUGUAAUGUAAAUGGAAACAAUCUCUAUUUAGUGAAACUACCUUAAUAUAUGGACAUUUAUUGAUAAAACAAAGCAUGUUGGUUAUUCCUAAAUGAUCUGGUGGCUUUUCAGUGGUUAGUUAUGCGACAAUGUAUGAUUAAUACAUUGUUCCAUUAGGUUGUAAAUUAAAAAAAACAACUUUAAGGAUUAAUAAGACUAAUGAUGAAGUUGUCAUAAGCACUAUAAAACCAUUUCCUUAUUUUCAUUUUCUAGCUCAGAUAGGACUUUUCACUAGACAAAGCCAUAUUAUUUAGAUUGCAAUAAUUACUUAAAAUGAUAAAAAGAGAAUAUUUCAACAUUGAAAGUUAAGUGUCUCAUGUUUGUUUUCUGUAAAAAAUUUGAAAAAAAGAUAUUUGCAUAUCUGUUUGUAAAUCCUCACCGUUCUUGUAUCUUUAAACAUGUAUACUAAUGUAUACGCAAAGAAAAUGUAUGUAGAAAAAAGAAGCCAUUGUAAUAACUGUCUCAGUGUACUACAUGUUUACUGUAAGUGUGUGUGUGUGUGUGUUUAUAUGUAUGUGUCUUUCUACGUGUCUGUGAUGUGAGACCAUGUCGUUGAUUCAUAUAGUCCUGGUUUAUACUAAAUAAAUGUGUCUUUGAACUAUUUUGUGCACAGGCAGAAGCUAGGGCAGCUCCCUAGUUGUGCCAUAAAAAAAAAAAAAAAAAACUUAACACAUUCCGUUCAAAUGUUGAGCAUGCAAACGUUUGGUAGAGAAGAGAAUACACCAAAUGUCAAAAGACAAACAAAAUAGACAAUUUCCUGUUUCUGUAGGCGUCUCCAGGCAACAGAAUCUGUGCAUUGGAUCCAGAAAGAUCGGCUGUGCGAUGGGCUUGUUGAGUGUUCGAUGUUCUUUGUUGUCUGAGGUUUGGUGAAGCUUAAGACUGUGAUCGCACAGGAGCUUUGUUAUUCAGCUGAGACACAAAGGUCAUCUGUGAGCGUCGCUAGAAAAAACAACUCUAGCUGUGUCCCGGUUCUAUACUAUAAGUUUGUAGUUAUAGUAGUAGCUAGUAGUGCGUUCACCCAGGAAAUGUGACAAAAUUAAGUAUAGUCAAAGAUGCCAGUUUGCAGACUAAGAUCUCUUGCUUUGUGAGAUGCUGAAGGUAUUAAAUCUUUAGAAAAGCAUGCUGCUUGCUUUCUUAAGUUUUCAAAUUUAAAACUUGCAUUGGUGUUCAAAAGUCACAGUUUAGUUGACGUCUACAAAAGAUUUAGGUGAGUUCUUGCCAAAUUACAUAGUAGAUAAAUACAUACUGUAUACUUUUUAGUAUCAGCAUAUACUGUAGUGUGAAAUUGGGACACAGCUUCUGGUUGCUGAUUACAGUUUAACAUGAAAUACAAGCUUGUUACUCAGUCAUCGUAGUAUAUGGUCAGCAUAUUUCCAUGAUCGCUAACUCCAGUUCAUCCAAAUCUCGUAACACCACAAAUCAUGUGAAAAGUGGCAGCGGGAUUUUUCAUACCAAACAUUUACACUAAACACAAAGAUUUGAACCAAUCAGUUGAUCAACAGCAGUUGCAGUCUUCCGUCAAUAUCUACACUGGAUCCAUUGAGUCACAAUACUGACAACACUGCUGUAUACUGCUGUCACGUCGCAGCAGGCGUAUCCUGGUGUGUCUUGACACACACUCACACAUUUGACACAAACUAAUUGGCCAGACAAAAGUGAUCUGAACUAGUCCAUUCUCCAAGCGAUCAACAAACUAACUUGUGCCAGCCGGGCUAAAAAUCGUCCUUUGUGAUAACAGUUUCAAGACAUCAACUCUGAGAUUAACUGAAGGCCUGAAGGCUUUUAAAAAGAAAAUGGGGAACGUGCAAUUAAAAACUAAUUUGAUACUGCAACUAAAAUGCUUUUUUGAUAACCUAGGUAUAUCCAUUUUGAUUUCAAUGUAAAAUACAUCAUGCAAAUUAUCAUGUCUAUAUAAGAGACCAACCUGCAGAGAGAUUUAUUUUGAUGCAGUCGCUUUGCUCAUCAUCAUAAACUAACCAGCCACGUUGGAGUAAUGCAUGAGGGUCAGCCACAUAGAUUAAAAUGGUUGCAGUGCAGAAAUGUAUGUUUUUUAGUGCGGUGUGCUUUGUUUGAGUUGUCUGGGGAGAAUCACCUUUUUAUUUAUUUAUUACAUUAACACAGGGAUUCCCACAAUUCCUCCUGCACCCAAGGCCAGGCCAGGUUUACCUACAGCACGUGGAUUAAGUAUAUUCAGGCCUUGUAUCUCCCAGGACAUAAAUCCUGGACUAGGCUUAAUUCAUGGGCCCUCCAUGGAAACUACAGCCAUACACCCUCUGUAUGUAAAAUAGUCUCUCAGCGGGACUCGUCUCGAGGCGUCACAGCAUGUGAACUGCCUUUGAAAAGGGCUAUUACCAUGUCAUCUGUAUAUGAGGUUAGUCGUAACUCAUCUGUCGCAUUUGUGCUUGUCUUGGCGUGAAGUUGUUGUUUUAAUUCUGGUUGCAUGAGAUACUUCAGUGUGGAAAACUGUGUUUAUGGAGCCGCUGUGGCUUUUCAGUUUAGAUAAAUCCUUGGUUUGAUAGGCAAAAGCAAUUGUUUCUCUAAGGGGUUAUAAACAAUAAGGAUUAUUUUACAUGGAAUAUAUAAACUGUAUAUUUUCCUAAGCUUCCACAGAAGUAGAUGUGGGUGAAUGAGAGAGAUGAAAACUGCAAGUGUAGAUUUUGACAUGAAAGGCCUCAAAGACAUUAAACUACAUCAAAUCCUGGCUGGUGUUUCUCUAAAACGUCUGAGCUCAAAGGCUACCAUUGAUGGGAUGGUUUUAGGGGAAACUAGAGAUUGCAACACAAAAAAUGGAUUAUCAAAGCAUCUUCUGUUGUCAGGAGCCCAGAAACAUUCAGAAUGGCUUGGAACUGCCAUUCAAAACCACAGUUCGUCCUCUCCUUUAAAAAGCAAAUACUCGCCAUUAGGUUUGGUGAUAUCUCUCAUGACUAUUUCAAUAUAUCAGCACAAAAGAAUUUAUACUGGCAGUGUGCAAAUGACAUGCCAUAGAUGUUUACUUCUUAAACAUAACUUUAUGAAAUGCAAUGAGCUAUUGAAAUGGAGAGAACAUUUUAGAAUAAAAACUUAAUAUACGAAUAUUAUUGUAACUGCUGAUUCCUGCCAGUAAAUCCAGAAGUGAAAGUUAACGUGUCUUGCUCGGUGAAUGUUUUACCGAGACGUCUGGUUAAGAAGCUUGUCACCACGUUUACGUUCCCUCCAGUGGAAGUUGAGAUUUUGGUGAGCUCUCAUUAGUGAGCACAAGUGUUACUGUGAAGAGAAACUCUCUGAAUACAUUCCAGUCUUUUUGGCAUUUGCACUAGAAUACGUUGAAAUGUUACACUAACAAUGGUUAUGGCAUCUAAGGAGUCACCACUAUCAAUUACCUGUAUUUUUUUUCUCCGUCUGCCAGCCCACUAAGCGGUAAAGUAGAAAGAUAUGAGAGGUAAAAAAUGUUGUCACAACCGUAGUGACCGGGGUUCAAUACCUGGCAGCAAUCCCUUUAGUUUGGUCAUUUGUGCCAACCAACACAAUUGCCGAUGUUCACAGGUUUGCUGAUGAUGUGACCUGGUCGCUGCACUAGAUCUCUUCACUUUCCGGUGAAGCAACUGGAGACCCCAUGUGGAGGGGCUGGAAUUGACAUGGACUAUGGUAAACAGUGGAAACUGGUGACAACAAAAUUUGGAAGGAAAUGGGGGAAACAAUAAAAAAAAAAUAAUAAUAAUAAUAACGGAUUAAAAAGGGAUACACAACUGAAAAAGGGAAUGGAUUUUUAUUAAAGUUCCUACAAUUGAAUCAAGAGGGUUUUUCAUUUUAAUUCAGGGUAAAAAAUAUUUCAGGGUGCAGAGGUUAAGAAUGUAAAAUAUGAGUUCUUAUGCUAUUUUUUCCUUAAUUGCAUGUCAUAUACUCUGUGGAGCCCAAUCACUGUAAAACUGUCUCAUUGAUGGAACUGAAUCAUUCUUUUUGGAAAUUAAAUGCAUAAUACUAAUAAAAAAAAAGGUUUAAUAAAAA